AUGGGAAGUGGCUAUCAUUCGACCGGAGCUGUCCCCAUGCUGGCAUCGAUUUACUCGGGGGGGAUAUCGAGGACCUAUCCGAGCUCGAUGCUGGGGUCGUGGUGGCCUGCCCAGCUCACACCUACCUGUUUGACCCCGUUGUGGGCACGUGUCUUUGGGAUGCCUCGCGGGGUCUCCCAGAGACUCCCCCACUGCAGACUUACGAGGCCCGGAUCUGAGAUUUAG